CCCGCACGAGUAAAAAUGAGCAAAGGAAGAUACGUGAAUUUUGCUCGGAAAAAGAAAUUUAAAGGCCACAGUGGUCAUUUCGCCGAAGCAGAGACGAAUGAUAGUGAUGUGGCAAAUGGGGCGUCCCGUAAGGCAAAAUCGAAGAAACGGUCGGCGUUCAAGUUUUCCGUCAAAGAAGAGGAGGCCGAGAUCGAGCGGCUGCAGCAGCGGUACCGGCAUGCUGACUCGCUGAAACCGGACGAUUUGAAAACGUUCGGCGACUUUCCUUUGUCGAAGAAAACACUGACGGGGCUACAGGAGGCCGAGUAUUUGAAACCUACGGUGAUACAGCGCGACUCCAUCCUGGCAGGGGUGCUCGGGGAAGACGUGCUGGCUGCCGCGAAAACGGGCAGUGGUAAAACGUUGGCCUUUCUCAUCCCGAUCCUCGAGCGGCUGUACGUGCAGAAGUGGACGCGUAUGGAUGGGCUGGGUGCUCUCAUCAUCACACCGACCCGUGAGCUAGCGCUUCAGAUAUUCGAAACCAUGGCGAAGGUCGGCAAGCACCACGACUUUACGACGGGACUCAUUAUCGGCGGCCAGAACCUGAAGUUUGAGCGCAACCGGUUGCACAAUCUGAAUAUCAUCAUCGGAACGCCUGGCCGUUUAUUGCAGCACAUGGACGAAAACCCGCUGUUUGACGCAACCAAUCUCAAAGUGCUUGUCCUGGACGAAGCGGACCGCUGUCUCGAUAUGGGGUUCGCCUCAACGAUGAACGCUAUCAUCGAGAACUUGCCAUCCAUCCGACAGACGCUGCUGUUUUCGGCCACGCAAACGAAAUCCGUGCGCGAUCUCGCUCGCGUCAAACUGAACAAUCCGCGCUACAUUGCUCCCCACGAGCACGAACAAUCGGCCACACCGGUAAAACUGCAGCAGAGCUACGUGGUGGUCACGCUGCCGGAAAAACUGACCAUGCUCUGGUCAUUUCUGCGCACGCACCCGAAGCAGAAGAUAAUCGUGUUCUUCGCCACCUGCAAACAGGUGAAGUAUUUCUAUCAGGUGUUCAAAAAACUACGCCCCGCCAAUCUUCUACUCCCGCUGUACGGAGGCAUGAAUCAGGAGAAACGGAACAAGAUUUACACGGAGUUUUGUGGGAAAAAGACUAACGUUUGCCUGCUGGCGACGGAUGUUGCGUCGCGUGGGCUCGACUUCCCGAAGGUGAACUGGGUGGUGCAGAUGGACUGUCCGGAAGAUGUGGCCCAGUAUAUCCAUAGAGCCGGCCGUACCGCCCGGUUGAACACGAGUGGCGAAAAUUUGCUCGUGCUAUUGCCCCACGAAGAGCAGGCCAUGCUAGAGUCGCUGGAAGGAAACAAAAUUCCCAUCAAGCAAAUCCGGAUCGAUGAGCGGCAGCUGUUUUCCCCGCUGGUCAAAAUUCAAUCGAUGCUUGCCCAGUCACCCGAGCUGAAAGAGUGUGCCAAACGGGCAUUCGUGGCGUACGUCAAGUCAGUGGCGCUAAUGAAAAAUAGAGAAGUGUUUCAGCUGCAGAAACUGAAUCUUGACGGGUAUGCGAAAUCGCUCGGAUUGAACGUUACACCGCGGAUUCGCUUCCUGUCUCGAGUAGCAACGGAUCGUAAACCUGCCACGACAGCAAAUGGUACGGGGCCGAAUUCUACAUCCUCGGUGAAGGUAGUACUAGAAGAUGGCAAUGAAGAGAGCGAUGACGACGACGACGACGGUGAGCUGUUGAGGGUCAAACGUGUUGAUCAUGGUUCGGUGCAAUCGGACGAUAGCGCUGGCGACAUUCAAGCUUCGUUCGACGAAACACCUGCCAGCACCGCAUCGGCCACCAAGAAGCGCGUGUCCAAAGCAAAGAUGGUCAAAAAAUCACUCAUCGUUAGUAAGCGCACGGUGUUCGAUGAAGAAGGUGCUCCCAUCGACGAGGAAGGACCGAAAGCAUCGUCACAGGUUUAUGAUAUCAACGAGGCGCGGCUUAAGCUCCAGCAGCAGGACGCUGCUGACAAGGAGCGAUACAAACAGCUUAAAAAGGAGAAGCGAGCAGCAAAGAAGGAGAAAGACCGCAAGAAAAAGGUGGCACCCGAGCAGGAUGAGCACGGAGGGGACGACUUUGGCAGUGAAAGCGACACGAGUGUUAAUCUGGAUUGGCUACCGGAUCCGGAUAAAGUGUAUGGUAAGCAUAAGCGCGAGUCUGCGAGCGAAGAUGAAUCGCCCAAUUCCGACGAAGAUGAUCAGCCUGCUGCUCCGGCAAAGAAGAAACGGAUGAUUUUGAGCAGAACACAAGAUCUAUCGCUCAACGAGGCGGAACAGUUGGCCAUGAAUUUGCUAAAGUAAAGUGAACAAUGUGAACACCAAAUUGAAAAGGACAAAUAAAACAAAGAUGUGCUAAAAAUCUGGCGCGACGCACGAUAUGUUCAGCAAAAGCAUCGUUAACCACA